AUGAAGUUCUACGUCGUCGCUGCCCUCGCUCUCCUCUCAGGAGCCCAGGCUGCCGAGUCUGUCUCUACUACUGUUACCUGCAGUAGCUGCCCCUCUCACUCUUCGACGCCCGACAUGGUGACGCGCUCCGCGCUGCCAACUAUAUCCUGCACUGAGAAACCUCUGACUGUCGUCACCGACGAGUCUGGGUCUUCUUCCAUGCCAUCUGGUGCCGCAGCACCCACUGGUUCUAUGCCUGCCUCGACUCCCUCGCCUGCUGUGCCUGUCAAUGGGGCGGGUAGCAAUAAGAUGGGUACUAUGGGAGGAGUACUUGUGAUUGCGGCCGUUGCAGCUGGCUGCAUUCUGUGA